AUGCGCGCGGGCGCCAACGGGAUGGGGUUGACAGGUUCGGACGAGAAGGGGGAUGGCGAGGAGGGCGAGACGGAUGUGAACGAGGAUGAAGAUCAGAAGGUUCAGGACGAGGAUAAGGAUGGGGAGUGGGAUAAGCAGGACACAGCCCUCGCUUGGACCAUGGCGAGCGCGAGCGCGCGCGGGGCCGCGGAGAUCGGCGAGGCGGCUCGCGCCGUGGAUCUGGUGGAGGUCGCCUCGCAGGAGGGCGGCGCGGGCGUCGGCGCCGAGGGCGCGCGCGUCUGCCCGUGGCAGCGCUCAAUCCGCGAGUGCCUGGCUCAGCAGCAGAGCGCUGAGGAGAUCGGCAUGCUGGCGCAGCUGCGUCGUCGCGAGAGUGACCUCGAGACGGCCAGGCGCCAAUUCUUCUCGAAGACCCCUCGCGUGUUUCCCGGCGCCUUGAUCGAGGAUCACUUCGCGCGGGGUCGCAUCCGCAGCCUCGACGGACGCUUUCAGGACUUCGACGGCACGGAGGCCCCCUGCGAGGUCACCAACUGGGGCAAGGCGCCUUCCCUUCGGAAGGCGUGGGUGAAGGACCGAUGCGACCUCUUCGCGGGCGACAAGGGCGUCGCGAUGGCACAGAGGGCGACGGGCACGAAGUGCGAUGUCUUCGAAAGGCUCGUGAAUGUCGGCCUGCGGUUCGUCAGCGGCUACCUCGUGGUGUUGGGGCCCCCGUGCAAGUAUUGGAUCUGGCUGACUACAAGUGCGCUGAGCGUCAAAGGGGCGAUCAUCAUCGAGCAGCCUUCCGCCAGCUUCAUGUUCCGCUACAAGCCGCCCUUGCAGAGGUCGGCUGGCGACCUGGAUGGCUACUCCGCGACGCGCCCCUGGGGGCCAUGCGCUCUGCAGGGGCGUCGGGGGAAGGUGAGCUCCAACGCCCUCGCCAUCUUCGGCGAGCUCGGCGAGAACUCGCGCAGGGCCAUGCCGCCGCGGAAGGGCGCUUUCGUGGAGGACAUCGCGCAGGUUGCCCGCGACCGAAACAUGGGCAGGGACCUGGCAGCGGGUUCGGUGCGCUACAUAGACGCAGCAGCCAUGGUCUUGUUCGGCCAUGGCAUGGACAGCGACGCCGCCCCCCACAUGUCCAUCGGGGAGACUUCCAAUAUGAUCAAGAAGUUUGUUGCUGAAUUGCCUGCCGCAGAUGGUGCGCCCUACUUCAAUGGCGACGGCAAGUUUGCAUUGGCGUUGCUCCCCCGCGUGUUCGGGGAGUUCUGCAACCUUGAUGUCAAUUCUGGCGUUAUCGCCGCCAUGUGCGCUGCCGUGCCGCCGCCGCGGAAGUACGCGCGGCGACUUGGGGCGCAGUCGCCUGGUGGCCGUCAGCAGCGGGGCGCGGGGGGGCUGUUUGGCCCGAUGCCAGCUGAUGUUGCGGCCGCCCGCGGGGCGAGCGGCGCGCUGCCCGCAGCUGGAGGACGUGGCGCGCUGGGGGACAGGCACGGUGGCGAUGAUGACUCCGCAGGUGGCGCUGAGUUGGGGCCCGCCCGGGCCAUUGGACAGCAACGCGGGGUUGCCCUCGCCGCGGUGCCGCAUGAUGGCGCCGCGGCGCCAAGCCAAUCGCCUUUGGCACUGGCACCGCGCGACUACAGCAGCCUGGAUAGGCCAGAUAUGGUCGUUGCCUUGCACGCAGAGGACGUGAUCAUCGAACAGUCGGCCGCCCAGCUACGCCAGUCCGCUAUUGACCUGAGAAACAUGCAAAGAUCGAGUGACACUUGGAAGGGCAAGGCGCUGGCCUUGAGGGCGGAGAAAGAGAUACUUCAGAUGGAGCAGAGCGCCCUCGUCGCUGCGGUCCGCUACCGAUCGGGCGCGCGGGCUCACGUCUCCAUUCAAGGCGUCUACGCGCUAGCCCUCCGCAGGGACAUGGGGCACGCUGGUGGGAGGCUGACGGCCGCCAUGGUUGCAGGCGACGGCCUCCACGGCGAGGUCCGCGAUCCUCGCGCGGUCUGGCGCUGCGAGCACCGAGCCGCAGCAAUCGUGAGGAUGUUGGCGGAGGAGGUUGCCCGCGGGGGCGCAUUGCCCGCCGCUGAAAUCUUCGCGAUUCGCUGCGACGCCACGAAUCAGGAAACGAUUGAGAAGGCGAAGGUGCACAUGCCCCUGCUCGACGUCGCGCGCGCAGACUCGCCCCCAGCGCCCCCCGAGGAAGGCAGGGGCUUCAGCUCGCGCGUGGCCAGGAAGAGCGUACCAGGCGACAUUCAGAAAGUGUACCUUGGAACGGCGCAGGAGACCUACAGCAUGGCGGUCGCCGAAAUGACGUCGGUGGGCUUCCCCGCGUGGGAAGAGAGGGCGCGCGCGAGGCAGGGCGCGGACGCCACGCCUGGACUAUUGACAUACAUUUUCGGCGUGGACGCGGGGCCAGACAACGUGGGAAUGGCCCCGCUCCUCAGGGCUAGUCUGUCGGCGGCGCCCACUGUGAGCUUCCUGAUAACCUUCUGUUUUGCACACCAGUUCCACCUGAUCGUGCAAAAUGCCACGUGCUUUUUUGAAGAGUUCGUUUGGGAAGACCCAGGGUUGCAGAUCGUGCCGGCGCCUGCCAGUGGGGCCGACGCGCCAGUUCAAGCUGGCGGCGCAGUGCCGAGCGGCCCGAAGUACUGGUCCAGAUGCGCGACAGUCGCCAACGUCUGGCGUUCACCAGGCGUAGCACAGAAGCUGCGGAACGCUGCCGAUGGAUUGUUCGACGCAGCGGCGUCGGCCGCGCACUUCAGCAACAUGCCGGGCCGCCCUCUCCGCGGGAGGUCCGUCAGAGUGGAAAAGGCAGCGGAGGCCAUCGUAGCGUCGGUCUUGAUUGUGGGAUGCGGAUGGGCGUUCCGAUUUAUUCGGCGACUGGCAGACUUCCCAUAUCUGUGGCUCAUGUUUGCCGAAGAGCCAGCCGAUCAAGAUUGCCCGAUGCGCCGCAGGCUUGCGACCGAGCUGGUGGACAGACUUGACCAUCGGGCGUGUUGCUUGCAGUGGCACUUCGGGGACAUGAGUGCCAAGUGGGCGGCGCACUUCCGACCGCAGUUGGAAACGGCCAAGGCGACGGGCACGUGCCCAGCAGACUUGUACGCCGCGACGUUGAUGCUGAGACGCGCGUGGCCCAUCGACACACAAGAGAUAGAGGGCAUGAAUUCCAUAUUGCAGACGAUGGUCGCCCGAGCCCCGUUUCUGCACACUCCGCUCGCAAGUGACAGGAUGCAGCUCAAGAAAGGCGAUGGAGUGACGGCGACUGAGUGCAUCACCAACCACAAGCGGGGACUGCAGUCAAUGGUGGCCGAGCAGGCGCUCUGCCGUUUCAGCGGGCCUGUGGUCGACGUGAGCCCACCUCCAGCUCGCCCCGUCCAGUGCGCUCACAAGCGCUGCCCGUCUAUGAUAAUGCCGAUACGGUACGCUUUGGCCUUGUACAGGCGGCAAGAACAAGGCGUGCAGUACGUCUGGGACGGCCCUGAAGGUUUGCCGCCGUUCGUGGCCCCGUGGGCGAUCGGCGCGGAGCUUUGGGCGUGCAAGGGUGAGUUUGUGGAUUUGGACGGCCGCGUCAUCUUCAAGCUGACAGCGCCAAUUCACCCAAUGCCUUUGUUCGAAGCGUUCCACGAGCACGCAGGGGGUGCCUACGCAGGAGGCGACCGCAAGAAGCGGGACACCGCAGUUCUCCGAUUGCGGCGCCAGCGGCUGCUUUGGGGCAGGGCGCUGCACGCGCGUGUCUUGGGCGAGUCCGCGACCGCCAUUGGCCUUGACCCUGCGCCGCCGCCGAGGCCGAAGAGACCCAGGCCAGAUGCGUCGGGCGGGGGUGGCAGCGCUGGCAGCGACGGCGGCGCUGGCGGCGGCGCCCCCGCGGCGCCAGCGCCCAUGGGCGAUGCCAGCCCCGAUGGCGACGACAACCUCAGCGAUGGCGACGACGGGGACUUGGAACGCCAUCUAGAGCGGCUGAUGGAGGAGGCCGAGGCGGCGGAGAUGGAAAAGGCAUCCGCGGACGAGGAAGAGUUGGCCAUGCGCUUGUCGGCCGCUGACGCAGAGCUUGCUGAAGCGCGGCUCCUGGACCCAGACGGACAGGACGACGUUGAAGAAGACGAUGGCCUCUUUGAGGGCGGCGCCGCAGCUGCGCCUGAAGACGGCGCUGACGCUUUGCUUCCAGAAGACAGGGAUGCUGAUGGCUUGUUGCGCCCGCCCGCCGCUAUGAUGCGGGGCGAGCUGAUUGGCGGCGGCAUAGAGGGGGCAGUUCCAUUUGCUGAUAGGAGCCGAAUGGCCAGGGAGCGGCGAGGCGCCAUCACGGAGGCGCUAAGAGUGGCCGCCGCCCAGUCGAUUGCAACGCACCCCACGACCCAUGGAGAGAUCUCGCUCGUGAAGACCACGGACAACGCUUUCUUUAUCAGGUGGGUCGCUGUGGUGGGCCAGGGUCACGAGAUUGCGUUUGACCACCUCAACGGGGUCAAAACACUUGUCUUCUUCCAGGCGGAAAAGACCAGCAUGGCCGACACCCCGAUGGAGAUCAUCAUUCGGCACACUGGCGCCCGCAUGAUCAAAACCACUGGGGGCAAAGCGGAACGCCCCCUGAUGCCUGAGUGGUGCUUGCGUUUGAAGGACCACGCCGAAGUAACCAUGUUCUGCGGCCCCCGUCCUGCAGAGCUUAGCUUCGGAGGAUGCGUCGUGUGCAAGGGCGCGCUGAAGGACGCGUACAACAAGCCCCCCUGGAACGGCCACUUCGUUUGCAAAGCUUGCCACAGCGCAUGCCACUACGCAUGCGCAGCGGUAGACCUGGACGGAGCAGACUUUGGCGCGGUCGUUUGCAUCGCGUGCUCCCGCAGGCUGCCCGACGCGCGGACGUGCAUCGGGCGGCUUGCGCCGACGCAUGGAUCAAUGACCGAGCAGCCAGCGGUGGUGGCCGCGCUCGCGGAGUUCCGCGAUGGAGUCACCGCGUCCGCCCUGUUCAAGACAGGGGAGGAUGAUGGCUACGAGCACAUCAGCGAGUUGUUCAAGCCCGACUCGCUGCCCAUCGAGAUCUUGAGGAGGAUCGACGCCACGCCGGGGUGCCUCGUCCAUAGGGACUUCAGGCUCGCCCUCGUGAAGGCCAACGGGGGCUGGUCCACGAGGCGCCACCCUGCCAACAAGGAAGGCGACGCGGCCUCGCUCCUCCAGCGCAAGCAGUCCGUCGAGAGCGUCGGCAUCUUGGUCGACCUGCGCGGAGGCGCGUGGGUCGCGCAGGACCCAGACGAGGCUGCGCACGACAGCUUCGAGACCCUCCACUGGGGAACGCUCCUCCAGGGCGCUGAGAUGGCGUGGCGCGACGACAAGAACAAGGCGAACCGCGCCAUCCAGCAGUCCAUCCAGGCUGGAGUGCCCAACAGCAAGGUGUACUCUCGGAGCUUGGCCAAGUACGUGUACAAGUUUCUGGUUGACUUCGGCAACAGCGUGAACAAUCAGGUCUACCGUUCUUGCGCCACGAUCGAGGCGGCCUGGACGAAGAAGAAGCGCGCGAUGGGGUGGGCGAACGGGGCCACGACCGCUGCCUUCAGGGACGCGCGCAAGCUCGAAAUCGCGAACGCGUUCUUCCCAGGUGCCACGGUCUGGAAGGCCUUCACUGCGAGGGCCACGGACGAGGUGGACUUGACAGACCAGGCCGCCAUCCAAUAUGACAGGAUCACUUCGGUCGCGUCCGUGAUCUUCAAGACCCGCGGGAAGUUGAAGGGCGCCCGCCGCAAACACUUCAUCGUAGACGCGAUCAGUCUGCGGAUGCCCCGCGCUGGCAAGAAAGGAUGGGGUGCUUGCGCUCUCCUGCCAGAAGGGCUUCUUCUCCCCGCGGCAAGACCGACGCCGGCGCAAUUGCAGCACCUCUUCGCGACGAUGGACGACAGCAAGGCAAUCAAGUUGGUCAAGAAGGACAACAAGAAGCACGCCGACAGGGCCAGCAGGGCUAGGGGGCAGCUCGAGGAGGGCAAGGAAAAGGACAAGGCGAAGGUCCACGCGUUCAUCGGGAUCCGCAAGAACAAGGGUAAGGUCCUCGACGAGAAGUGUCGCCUCAAGUUGGUCCGCCAGAUGGCCACCAAGCAGCUGAACAAGGAGCGGAAGCUGAAGGGCCAGGCCAAGAGGAUCGAUGAGACGCCUACGAAGGGUAAAGACGACGACGCGAAUGGGAAGAAUUUCUUAGACUUCCUCUGCGAGACGGAGACCUUCUUGAUGAAGGCCCAGGGGCUCGUGCAGGGCAUGCGCAUGGCCGCGCCCUGGGGGAUCUUCAAUGGCAAGGUCGAGAUCUCGAUCGACGGCGAGUCCAGGGCUGUCGCUGGGCGGGCGCAGCCUCGGAUGCUACUCAAGCGCCGCAUCUGCGGCGCCGCGCAGCUCGAGCCGAGGCCGUCGGGCCCCGACUUCGACGCCUUGCGCGCGCAGGUGCUCGCUGAGAAGGACAUCGGCAAGGCGCUGGAGGGCGCCUCGAUGGGUCCCAACUUCGCCGAGGCUGAUGGCGGGGCUGCCGUUCCAGCUGUAGAUCUGCUCGAGCAGGUUGAGGAGGGGGGCGCGGCGCUGCUGGCCUUGUGGGACUUCGUGCGAAGCCAGGCUUUCACCAAAGUGCCCGUGCUGCUGGCCUGCUCUGCCGAGAUGCUCAACGGGGCCAUGAUGGGGAUCUUCGGCACGUUGGCGAUGGGCCAGGUCAUGGCCAGGAUCCCUGCGGAAUGGGACAGCGCCGCGCGCCUCGUUGAUCUCGCGAAGAAGCGCGGCCACGUGGGCGCCCUCUCGCACAACCAUGCGGCGGUUGGUUUGGCUGAGGCGAACUGCGACAUGCUCAGGUUGGGGUCCUUGAGGGCAAGCCUCAUUCUGUACAUCGUCACGUCGCUGGGUAUUCAGCAGUGUCAGGUGCGGCGGGGCCCGCUGCUGGAGAUGAGGGCGUGCCUGAGCCCAGUGAUGCACCGCUUCCUGACGGAGCUGACGGCUCGCCUGAGCCCAGCGCCCCCCACUUGCGUCCAGGCCGAGCAGCUGGUCAUCGACAGCCCGGAGAGACCGACGCAGUGGCCCGAGGGCGUGGCCCGGCGCAAUGGCGUCUUGCUCAAGACGAUCUCUGCGCUGAGCGACCCCGCGAAGAUUCGGGCCUUCACCCUGGAGAACAAAUGCAUCCAGAGCCGGGGCUUCAAGUGGCCCGAGUCCCAGGGCGAGGGCGCCCUGCCCGCGGAGAAACAGAAGACGGCGGCCGCCAUCAUGGCGCAGUUCGACCAGGAGCGCGCGAUGGGGGCGAGCUUGGCCAUGAGCGACAUGUGGACGGCGUUCAGCAGCAAGUGGAAGCGCUCGCCGGUGCCUCCUGAGGCCGAGAGGGCCAAGGCCAAAGGCAGUGGGCGCGCGAGCACAGCUGCUGACGUCGGCGGCGCAGCGGGCGACGGCGAGGGCAAGCAGGGCGGCGCGUCCAUCAAGGCCGUGCCCGACCACCCCUUGCUGGGCCACUGGAACGGCACCGUGGCUAAGGAGCAGACGAGUGGGGCAGAGAUUGCUUUGUGGCAGAAGGCGGUGAUCAAUGCUGUGCAGAGCAAGAUCACGGAGUUCGGCACCCAGUUUUACGGCAUGCACGAGACUGGUGAGACGAAGAAGAAGAAGAAGAAGAAGACAUCCGAGGAGGAACCUUGCAACUACGGGCACAAGGGCUCGAACACCUUCCUGACCACGGAGAAAAAGAAGAGCAGGCAAGAGGACGAGCGGGAUGCCGUCGCCGACGAUGGCCCGAAGAAGGCGCGGUGGAUCCUGGAGCGGCACGGCGCAGACAUCGGAGAGUUGACGAUCCCAAUGUUCGGGAAGGUGAUAGACGUCGACACGGCGAAUUCCAUGGGCAGAGUAGCUAGCUUGAACGGCCCGAAGGACGAGGGCCCAGAGGCAGGGUGCACGGUGAGCAAUGAGUGGGAGCCGCCCAAGCUGUACGUCGAGGGGGGUCACUGGAUGAACCCAUUGAGGACGGACUUCAGCCCGGGCUGGCUGGUGGCCCCUGCCCCGGAGCCGAAGGCAGUGGCCAAGCCCGAGGGCAAGUGCGAGGCCAAGCGGCUGGCCAGGCCGAAGAAGGACCCCCUCUUCGACGACACGCAGGGUUCUCUACCUCCAGACUCGCUGGAGCCCGAUCCUCAUGCGCAUGGGCUGAGGGAGGACCUCAAGGACUCUGCCUUCGACUCGUCGUCCGAGCCCGAGCCCCCUGGCGGCGCAGAAGAAGAUGCUGACCCCGCUGGCUCGGCGGCUGCUCAGGAGGAGAUCGCGCGCGACACCGCUGGCGACGACGAGCAGGCGCCUCAGAAGAAGAUGCGCCUCCCCGAGUCCGAAGAUGCGCCUCCCCCAACAAGGCCGAGUUCCACGGCGGGUGGCUCCUCCUUCUGGUCCAUGGAGUGGAUGGGGCCGUUCGUCUUCGGGGUCCUCGGCGACCCGCCUAGCGAGCGGGCCAUUGAGGUGGAGCCGAAGGAGGACAAGACGUGGUGGGUGGAGUGGAAGAUCGACGGCGUGUUCGUGCACCGCUUGACGGAGGAGCACCUGAACCGCAUGAACGCAGGCGAGAGGUUCGACACUCGCAUCAUCGUCGGCAACACGGACACCAUGCGGCGCGCAGCCGCCCAGUUUCCAGUUGUCGCGUCGAAGUUCGCACAGGGCAAGUGGGCGAAGGCCCUGAAGCCCGCGCGCGGCUUGCGGUGCAAACCUUUCGGGGUCGAGGUGUUGAAGCGCAAGGUCGCGCGCGUGAUGCCGCACCUCGCCCCCUUGGAGGCCGAGCUGGACGAGGACGAGAAAUUCGAGGACAGCCUCUGCGAGGAGGGCGCGGAGGCGGAGAAAGGCGAGCAGGUCAUCAAGAAGCGCUGCUGGAGGGCGACUGGGUACUGGGACUCGAUGCCCGCCCUCAAGCGCGCGAAGAUGCAGAAAAAGGACGACAAUUUCGCGGUUCGACCCCCCGCCGCCAUGGACCUCGAUUCCGUACCACGGGACUUUGUUGGCCAGGGCCUAG